GUGUGAGUGUGAUUGUGAUUUGAUUUUUGUUGUGUUGUUGUGUGAUGUGAGUUUAUUUAUUUUACGGAAGUAAUAAGAAGAAAUUAUCCAUGUCUUUAAUGAAAAAGACCAGAAACGAUGCUGUUAAGGCUGCUGUUGCUUCGUACUUGGAACGGCGAAAUUAUCCUGAUGUAGAGAUUUUUAGUAAUAAUAACUCGUUGAAUCGAAGCGCCGAGCAGAUGGCUGUAGCUACGAUAGUCCAGUGUGAGGCGAGUCGUGCGAAUUCCAUUCUAUUCUCUUGUAUUAACAAUGAUCCAAGCCAGUACGAUGUUCAAUACACAAGAUUAGUUACCUUUAUUAAAGAGAUAAAAAUUGAGAAGUUAAAAAAUGAACUGCUUGGCCUUCUGAGUCCUUUGCUCUGUCAUUUGUAUCUAGAGAUGCUUCGAGGUGGCCAUGGGGGGCCGGCACAAAUGUUCCUCAAGAGACACUCUGCGACUCUGCCACAAAAGGAUCUGUCUUACCACCAGCCUAUUGAUGGGAAUUUACCCUCCGCUCUCUACAGGCCAAACAGCCUAGAACAACUGUUUAAUUCUCUACAAAAUGGCACAAUAGACAAUGAAACUCCUGAAAAAGAUUACAUGAAUCAAAUAUUGGAUGAUAUUGGUUCAAUUUACACAUUACAAGAUGUUGAAUCUCGGCCAUCUAUUGCUGCAUUUAGGUCUUGUAAAUUUGAUAUUUACUUAUCACAAGAUGCCCUCAACAUGCUCAAGGCAUAUUUAGCCAAACAUGGACAUGUGCUGUUAAUACAAGUACUACAGACUUGGUUUCAUAUAGACAUCAACAAUGACACUAAUAAAAAGGACUCGGAAGAUGACGAAGAUCAUAUUAAUAUGGAAGAAGAAAUAAAUGUAACAGGAACGAAUUCUAGAGAACGAAAUUUGGAGUUAAAUGAUAUUUUCUCGAAAUGUAACGGACAUGCUGAAUACCAAAGUGUGGACAAGGAGCUCCAGGACCUGCAGGAUGCUAUCAAAGGAGUCAGGGACUCCAUGGCACCCCUCAAGUUAUAUAAAGUAGCUGCACCAGACACAUAUCUGGUGUGUGCAAAAACAGACCCUUACUGCAAUGUUCUUUGUGGUGGGUUCAGCAACUCGGAGAUUCGGCUCUGGGACCUUGGUCAGAACAACGUGAAGCGACGCGCAAACAGGAACAUUUCCGAGAUUGAGCUGGCGUGCUAUGUGCCGCCUGAACCAGAGACACCGGCGGACAAUACUUUACAAAUAGGCACUGGUAUACCUCUCCGCGGACACUCAGGGCCGGUCCAAGCCGUCAGUGUGCUGUCCAAGGAACAGAUAGUCCUGUCAGCGUCACACGACAGCUCCAUGCGGGCCUGGAGGCUUGCUGACUACUCUUGUGCUUCUAUAUACAGGGGCCAUAAUUACCCAAUUUGGUGCAUGGAUAUAGCGGCGAGUGGUCUCUUCAUAGUGACGGGGUCUCAGGACAGAACAGCCAAGCUAUGGUCCUUGGAUAGAACCUUCCCCGUCAGAGUGUUUGUUGGACACAUGUCUGAUGUAACGUGUGUGAAGUUCCACCCGAACGAGGCGUACCUGGCGACGGGCGGCGCAGACCGCAGCGUGCGGCUGUGGACGGUGUCGGAGGCGCGUCUCGUGCGCGUGCUGUGCGGACACCGCGCCGUGCUGCGCGCGCUCGCCUUCGCGCCCUGCGGCCAGUACCUCGCCAGCGCCGGUGAUGACAAGAAAAUAAAAGUAUGGGAUCUAGCUGCGUGCACUUGCAUACAUGAGUACCGCGGCCACCAUGGAAAGGUCACUUCACUGGACUGGUCGGCUAUCGGGAAACCCAGCCUCACUAACCGGGUCGUCUCCGACACUAGUGACAUGACGUCGGUGGAAAAUUCGCUGCUGUGCUCCACAGGAAUGGACGGUGUAGUCAAAAUCGUGUGGGAUACACAUUCGAAGAAUAAACAAGUAUCCAGCCAAGAUGUUCAAGUAGCCACUUACAACACAAAGUGUUCAUACUUAGUAGAUGUUCAAGUACAUCCAGAUUGGGUUGUUGCUAUUGGAACAAAAAGAUAAACAGCCCUCGCGGCACGGCACCCGCGAAUUAUAUCGAGGGCUUCAACCAAUAGCCGUUCGACAUCUAUCUACGUAGAUGGCAUUUGCUGCGUUUAUUGGUCGAAGCCCUUGAUAUAAUACGC